AUGAGCGCCCCCACUCAGCUGCAACCGCCAGCAAGUCCAACUUACAUUCUCCGCGGCCAUGCCUCGCCAAUCCACGGCCUGCACAUUUUCCACCAAAACCUCCGGCUCCUCUCCGGCGACGCCGACGGCUGGGUAAUUGUAUGGGACCUAGUGUUCAAGCGGCCCGUCGCCGUCUGGAAAGCCCACGAAGGCGCCAUCCUGGAAGUGAAAGGCUUCAGUUUCAGUAACGAAACCGUGACAGAAGUAUAUACCCAUGGACGAGAUCACAAAUUAUGCGUGUGGCGCUUCCGCGCCCAAGACGAGGAUCUCCUCCAGAAAACACUCCCCGUGGACUUGCGCGAGCAGCAGCAGCAGCAGGACCAAUCCCAGGCGACCCAGCCCUGGCUCGUCCAUUCGCUCCCCGUUAAUGCCCUGAAUUUCUGCGCCUUCUCCAUGCUCUUCCUUGAUGAUCAGGGAACCCAAGGUCCACAGGAGGCGUUGUCAGACGCCCAGCCACCUGGGCAGCGCGCCUCGCUCUUCGCCGUUCCGAACGCCCUCGACUCAGGCGCAAUCGAUCUCUUCCAUCUGCCACGCGAAAGACGCCUCUGCACCAUCCCUGCCGGCACAGCCACGCCAACAGGGAUGGUCAUGGCCGUGACCCUUUUCUACUCAUCUAGUCGGGAGCUACACGUUGCGGCCGCCUACGAAGACGGCCAGGUGAUGGUUUUUGCGCGGAGAGGUCCGCAGGAUUUGUCGGGAACCUGGAAGUGGGAGAAGAUUUACAUCGCUCGCCCGCAUUCGCAGCCCGCUUUGUCGAUCGAUGUUUUUCCUGCUGGGGGGUAUUUUGUCUCGUCGUCCGCUGAUGCUUUGUUGGUCAGGCAUCCCGUUCCGGGGUUUGGGGAGACGACGACGCUGAAGAGGGUUGAUACGAAGCAUGCCGGGCAGCAGGGGCUGAGGAUUCGGUCUGAUGGGAGGGUCUUUGCGACUGCGGGCUGGGAUUCAAGGAUUCGCGUGUAUUCUUGUAAGACGAUGAGGGAGUUGGCGGUUUUGAAGUGGCAUAAGGAGGGCUGUUAUACGGUUGCUUUUGCGGAUUUGGCGGAUUCUGUUGAUUCGGGUGUUACUACUACGAUGGGGGAUGGGGGUAAGGACGGCGCUCAGGUUACGAGACCGGGGGAGUUCUCGCUUGCUACGGUGCAGCGGCAGCGGAAUCAGAAGGUCCAGAAGACGCAUUGGUUAGCUGCGGGUUCAAAAGAUGGAAAGAUCUCAUUGUGGGAUAUCUACUGA